CUGGAUUUCAUGCUUCAUUGUCGACGCUGGUAAUAAAUAUAUAAUCAACUUUACUGUCCUGGUAUUUUUCAGCAAACACUCCCGUAAGAAUAACGGGAUUUAAAACUCUUCAUUCAGGAUAUAACGACUCGUCGACGUUUGAGGACAUGGACCGACACCGAGAAGACAAAAUAAAGGAGCAGCUUUAAAAAGUAAGAGUUGGACGUUAUCGUGAAAAUGUUAUUUGGGUGAAGUCCUUGGAAACUCGUCAGGGAAGCCCAAUGAGUGGCACACAGUCAACACUCACUGACAGGACCCCAAGCAUUCUCAACAAGGAGCCGACAGACAAGAAACCUAAGAAUGAGAAAUCGUCCGUCUCCCUCAAACAUGAAUUUGAUCCAACAGGUCUCGUCCAGCGUUGCGUGAUAAUCCAGAGAGAUGAAAAUGGCUUCGGGCUGACCGUAAGCGGAGACAACCCUGUGUUUGUGCAGCUGGUCAAAGAAGAUGGAGCUGCGAUGCGAGCUGGUGUUCAGACAGGAGACAGGAUCAUCAAGGUUAAUGGGACCUUAGUUACACAUUCAAACCACAUAGAGGUUGUGAAGCUGAUAAAAUCGGGCUCCUAUGUAGCCCUGACAGUCCUGGGGAGGCCUCCAGGGCUUCCUCAGAUCCCCCUGGAGGAGGAUGAGAAGGAGGAAGGGGCAGAGGUCAGCACACCCUCGUCUCUCUCAGUGCCUCACUCGCCUGCGCUGCCAGGUGGGGAGCACUGCAGCCCCCAGGAGCACCUCACCUCCCCUCCGCCCGAUGGGGAGGAGAACAAAGGCAUGCACAGCCAGAAGAUCGACAGCCUCCAAAAGAUGUUAACCAAACAGCAGCUGGACUUACAGGCAAAGGAGGAGGAGUGCGGCAGACACCCACGACCUAAGCUAGUGAAGGAGAUCCAGGAGCAAAAGAAGUACAUUUCACUGCUGCAGGAGCAGAUCAGCAAAGCAAUAGCAGCAAUACAGGAUGGAGUCACUGUGUCCAGGAACGGUGAGGCCGAGCAGGGGGACGGCGAAGCGACCUCGUCCUCGCGGGGUGACGGCGGUAACGACAGGCCCUCGACUAACAACAACUCUAUGCACAGCAGCCCCCUCCCAGAGAGUCCCGGCAAAAGAGAGACGCCCUGUCAGAGCCCGGACGUCAGCCGCCGAGACGGACUCAACUCCUGCUCGUCGCCCGACACUGAGGACAACACUGACACUGACUCCAGCGCCCAGUGCAUUGUGGGUAGCCCUCCCUACCUCCUCCACCCCCAGAUCAUUGGAGCGGAGGAUGACUACUUUGACUCCCAGCAGGAGCAGAUUAAUGGACAGUGCAGCUGUUUCCAGAGUAUAGACCUGCUGAAGUCUCGGCCGGCUCACCUCGCAGUUUUCCUCCAUCAUGUCGUCUCGCAGUUUGACCCUGUGCCUCUGCUGUGUUACCUCUACGCCGACAUGCACAAACAAACCAGCUCCAAAGAAAGCCGACGCUUCUUCAUGGAAUUCCACUCACUCUUCAUGGAUCGAACAGCCAAUCUCAAAGUACCGGUGCCAGAGACAAUUGCGUCUGAACUGGAGAAGCGGAGGCUGGAGUUAAUCCCGGAGGAGCUGUGCAAACAGUACACCCAGGUGUUACAGGACACACUCCUACCUGACCUGCACAAGAACCUGGAGGACUUCAGACAGAAGCGCAGCAUGGGUCUGACUCUGGCUGAGGACGAGCUGUCCAAGAUGGACGUGGAGCGAGGGAAAGACCAGCAGGCCUUGGAGAAGGAGUGCUCCUGUGCCGAACACAUCAUCUCCAAGAUAGAGGACAUCCUGUUGACGUCACAGCCCUCAGAAGACGAGAAGUGCCAAACGAUGCAGUACGUGAUCCUCACCUACAUGAAGCACCUCGGGGUGAAAGUGAAGGAGCCUCGCGGCCUCGAACACAAACGAGCGCGAAUCAAUUUCCUGCCCAAGAUUAAGAAGAGCAUCAAGCCUGAGAAGGAGGGUGAGGAGAAGGUGAAAAAGCCUCGGUUUCCCAACAUCCUCGGCCCGCCAAGGCGCCUGAGCAGAGUGGAUUCAACUUCAGUCGGUAAGGCCGUGGAGCUGAACAAGCAGCGGUCUCCAAAGCAGCUCUCCCAGCCGGCCUUCGGUAUCCUGGAGCAGUCUGACUCCUCUGCAGCGAAUUCUGGAUCACGGAUCCGUGGAAAUCAGCUCAGCGAGGGAUCGGACUCUGGUGCCCAAGUUUUGCCUUCCCCGACACACAGCUCCCCCAUUGGUCAGGCCUCAGAUACUAGCGGACAAGACUCAGACUCCAAUGUGUCUCCGUUCUCCAUUCAGCCCAGACCGGGCGAGGGUCUGCCGUCCGGCGACCAGCAGGACAGCGUCUUCAGUCCGACCAGCAUGCAGUUUGACUUCAGCCCCUCCAACCUGGAGCAGUUACAGGAGGAGGAUCAGGAGGCGUUCAGCAGGAUGGAGGUUCAGUGUGCGGCGACUUCGGGCGACACCCAGAGUGAAGACGACCAGGGAGGUGAGGUGGAGUGUGAGGAGGAUCCUCUGAACUGGCAGAGUCUGGUCAGCCGAGGCGUCCUGGCAAGCCUCACGCCGCAGGAGAUCAAACGGCAGGAAGUCAUCAACGAGCUGUUCUACACUGAGCGCGCCCACUUACGGAUGCUGAAGGUGCUGGACUGUGUCUUCUACCAGAGGCUGAACAGAGACAGUAUCCUCCCCGCAGAGGACAUCAAACACAUCUUUAUCAACCUGGAGGAAAUCAUUCAGCUGCAUGUUUCUAUAACGGAGCAAAUGACAGCAACCAGGAAGAGGAGCGAGACAUCGGUGAUCGGUCAGAUUGGAGAUGAUCUCCUGGCGUGGUUCAGCGGGGAGGAAGAGGAGAAGAUAAAAAGAGCAGUGGGAACUUUCUGUUGCAACCAACCGUCUGCGCUGGAGCUCAUCAAGACCAAGAAGAAGAAAGACCAGAGGUUCCACUUAUUCAUGCAGGAAGCUGAGAGCAACCGUCUGUGUCGCAGGCUGCAGCUCAAAGACAUCAUUCCUGUAGAGAUGCAGAGACUGACCAAAUACCCACUGCUACUGGACAACAUUGCUAAGUACACAGAGGAUGGUGAGGAGAGGCAAAAGGUGAAGAAAGCUGGCGAAUGCUGCAAAAAGAUCCUCAACCACGUCAACCAGGCCGUGAAAGAGGCAGAGAACAAACAGAGACUGGAAGAGUACCAGAGAAGGUUAGAUCUCUCGUCUCUCAAACAGAGCGAGAACCCCAUGAUCCUGGUCCUGAAGAAUCUGGACCUGACCAAGAGGAAGAUGGUUCAUGAGGGACCUCUCUCCUGGAAAGUCAAUAAAGACAAGGCGAUCGAGCUGUACACAAUUCUCCUGGAGGACAUUCUGGUUUUACUGCAGAAGCAGGACGAGCGUCUGAUCCUCAAGUUCCACGGCAAGAAUGUGGCGAGCGCCGCCGACACCAAGCACAUCUUCAGCCCCAUCAUCAAACUCAACACUGUACUGGUUCGUCCCGUGGCGACUGACAACAAGUCUUUCUUCGUGCUGUCCAUGUCGGAAAACGGGGCUCAGAUCUACGAGCUGAUGGCUCAGACGGUGUCCGAUCAGAGAACGUGGCAGUGUCUGAUCACACAACGCGCCGAGGCCAUGAAGGCCAAACCUCACAGCAGCGGCACGCCUCCAGCUCAGUCUGAUGCUGAGCGGGACGCUAUAGAGAUCAUCAACCGUGGGAUACCCAGGCCGUGCAAAGACGCUAACGGGACAUCGAGUGGAGAUAAAGAUGCCACCUCUUCUCCAGACAUUCAAGCUCCGCUGGCGAGUAUCAACCCCUUCGAUGGCAUGAAAUCAGAGGACGAGGAAGAGGAGCCGGCUGUGGCCGACCGACGGGAGGAAGAGGAGGAGGAUGAAGAGGUGGACGAAGCAGAACUAGAGGCCUUCCUGGAUGGGCAGCUCGCGGACAGACUGCCCUUCCUGCAGCAGGAAGGGUCACGUCGGGGCAUCGCCAUUGAAAACCAAGAGCACAACGCGUUCGGCGCAGCCUCCUCCAAAGCUGAGGACGCUCUGCAGACAUUGGCGAUGCUCAAACAGGCUCUUUUCAACCACAUGAUGAGCAGAGAGGCAGAGGAGGAGAAAGAGGAGACAGAGGACAACAAGCAGAGCGGGGCCCCUGUGUGUCAGCUGAGUGCCUCCUCGCCUGGGAGCCCUGAGGGGGCUUCUGCUGCACGCGAUGAGAGCCGAGCGUCUGCGAGUUCACAGAAAGACGACCCGCAGCUCCCUCCUGGACACACAGGCCUGUCCGAGACGACUGAACGCAACGGUGGUUUUGUGGUUCUGGAUUUCAGCGUGGGCUCCGAGGAGAGCAGCACUGAUGAUGAUGUGGGGUUAGGGGGUGACAUGGGGAUCGACAUGAGGAAACUGCUGUCCUCCUCCUCGCAGACAGGGGGCGGCGGCGGCCCCAACCUCAGCCGGCAGCUUAUGACCCACCUGCGGCUCCUCCAGGCCGACCUGCAGUAUCUGAAGGAGGUGGAAAUGAAGUACAACGAGCUGCGACAAACACACACCGACGCGGCCGCCGACUCCGACGACAACAACGAUGGGAUUCAGUGAUGACGACGCUUGUCGCUCUCCUGGUCGCACGAGUCAAGUUGCUCCAUGAUCGCUUUCUUCUGGAUCAAUCUUCAACCACUGAACACUGCUGUCGCUCAAUAAUGGAGGCUUGAAUGUCGAGUCUCACACUUCAGGCACAUAUGACAAUCAGUGGAAGACUUUAUCACAAUGAAGGUUCCACUUUAAACUCAUAAUCCUUGAACCAACCGGGGGCAGACUCGCUCCUGAGAAGAGACGCUAUGGGAUUACCUGAGGAUAAUUCGGUCACUUGUUGCUAUGACAAUAGUAAUCAACUUCAUAAGUUAUCUUAAACACUGGAUAUAUGAAACGGAAAAGGGCGAGUCAAGUGUGCGAAGUCACGCAGAUGCACAGCAGAGACACAUUGAGAAAUGAAACGAGACUGUGACGGUGACCAGACAGAUUAAAAAGUAGACUGACUCGUUCAGGGCUCAGAGCACUGCUGUAAGCUUGAUGUAAAUGUCUGCGAUAAGAGAUGAGCUAAACCUCACGCUACAGAGUUGAAUAUGCUUAAAGAUGCACUUCCUUAUUGAGUAACAGCCCUGAAAAAACAACUCAACACACUGAUUGUGUUUUUUAAAUUCAGCAACAUUCAUGGAAAUUGUACAAGAGGCUCUAACAUACAUUCAUACCAUCCCCCAAAAUCUCCAAAAGUCUUUUAAUGUUUUGUCUUUCGCCCUGUUUUACAUGAAACUGGCCCGAGUCUGUCUAAAUCUCACCACCUGACAUGUUGGAUAUUUUUUUUGUUUAAUUCAUACAAACACAAAAGUUAAAAUGACAGUUUGUGGUUUAUUUGCUCAAAC